GCUUCUGCUACUAGUGAGGGGAAGAUGGCGGCCGCAACUGUGGUGGUUCCCGCAGAGUGGAUAAAGAAUUGGGAGAAAUCAGGGAGAGGCGAAUUUUUGCAUUUAUGCCGAAUCCUCAGUGAAAAUAAAAGCCAUGAUAGUUCAACUUAUAGAGAUUUCCAGCAAGCUCUCUAUGAGUUAUCAUACCAUGUCAUUAAGGGAAAUCUAAAGCAUGAACAGGCAUCUAAUGUUCUUAAUGACAUUAGUGAAUUUCGUGAGGAUAUGCCCUCCAUUCUUGCUGAUGUAUUCUGCAUAUUAGAUAUUGAGACAAAUUGUUUAGAAGAAAAAAACAAAAGAGACUAUUUUACACAGUUGGUAUUAGCAUGUUUGUAUUUAGUUUCAGACACAGUUCUAAAGGAACGCCUGGAUCCAGAAACAUUGGAAUCAUUGGGGCUUAUCAAACAAUCACAGCAAUUCAAUCAAAAGUCAGUUAAAAUCAAGACAAAACUCUUUUAUAAACAGCAAAAAUUCAAUUUGUUAAGAGAAGAGAAUGAAGGUUAUGCCAAGCUGAUUGCUGAAUUGGGGCAAGAUUUAUCUGGAAAUAUUACUAGUGAUUUAAUCUUAGAAAAUAUCAAAUCUUUAAUAGGAUGCUUUAAUCUGGAUCCCAAUAGAGUUUUGGAUGUCAUUUUAGAAGUGUUUGAAUGCAGGCCAGAACACGAUGACUUCUUUAUAUCUUUAUUAGAAUCUUACAUGAGUAUGUGUGAACCGCAAACAUUGUGUCACAUUCUUGGGUUCAAAUUCAAGUUUUAUCAGGAACCAAGUGGAGAGACUCCAUCAUCUUUAUACAGAGUUGCAGCAGUACUUCUACAAUUUAAUCUUAUUGAUUUAGAUGAUCUUUAUGUACAUUUACUUCCAGCUGAUAAUUGCAUUAUGGAUGAACACAGACGAGAAAUAGUGGAAGCUAAGCAGAUUGUUAGAAAACUUACAAUGGUUGUGUUGUCUUCCGAAAAAAUGGAUGAGCGAGAAAAAGAAAAGGAAAAAGAAGAGGAGAAAGUAGAAAAGCCACCUGACAACCAAAAACUUGGUUUGUUGGAAGCCUUGUUAAAGAUUGGUGAUUGGCAGCAUGCACAGAACAUUAUGGAUCAGAUGCCUCCAUACUAUGCAGCUUCGCAUAAGCUAAUAGCCCUUGCUAUUUGUAAGCUCAUUCAUAUAACUAUUGAGCCUCUCUACCGAAGAGUUGGCGUUCCUAAAGGUGCUAAAGGCUCACCUGUUACUGCUUUGCAAAACAAGAGAGCACCAAAACAAGCAGAGAACUUUGAAGAUUUGAGGAGGGACGUAUUCCAUAUGUUCUGUUACCUUGGUCCUCACCUUUCUCACGAUCCCAUUUUAUUUGCAAAAGUGGUUCGCAUAGGCAAGUCAUUUAUGAAGGAGUUUCAGUCUGAUGGAAGCAAACAAGAAGAUAAAGAGAAAACGGAAGUUAUCCUUAGCUGUUUGCUUAGCAUUACUGAUCAGGUACUACUUCCAUCUCUUUCUUUGAUGGACUGCAAUGCUUGUAUGUCUGAGGAACUAUGGGGAAUGUUUAAAACAUUUCCAUAUCAGCAUAGAUAUCGUCUCUAUGGCCAGUGGAAGAACGAAACUUAUAACAGUCACCCACUUUUAGUAAAAGUUAAAGCUCAAACAAUAGACAGAGCCAAAUAUAUCAUGAAGCGUCUAACCAAGGAAAAUGUGAAACCUUCUGGAAGACAAAUUGGGAAGUUGAGCCACAGCAAUCCAACCAUUUUGUUUGAUUAUAUCUUGUCACAAAUACAGAAGUAUGAUAACUUAAUAACACCUGUAGUAGAUUCAUUGAAAUACCUCACGUCAUUGAAUUAUGAUGUCUUGGCCUAUUGUAUCAUUGAAGCUUUAGCUAAUCCAGAAAAGGAGAGAAUGAAACAUGAUGACACAACCAUCUCAAGCUGGCUUCAAAGUCUGGCUAGUUUCUGCGGUGCAGUUUUUCGUAAAUACCCAAUUGAUCUUGCUGGUCUUCUUCAGUAUGUCGCCAAUCAGCUAAAGGCAGGCAAAAGUUUUGACCUGCUUAUAUUGAAAGAAGUGGUACAAAAAAUGGCAGGAAUAGAAAUUACAGAAGAAAUGACAAUGGAGCAGCUAGAGGCUAUGACUGGUGGAGAGCAGCUAAAAGCUGAGGGUGGCUAUUUUGGCCAGAUCAGAAACACUAAAAAAUCCUCUCAGAGGCUAAAGGAUGCACUAUUGGACCAUGAUCUUGCGCUUCCUCUGUGUUUGCUUAUGGCUCAACAGAGGAAUGGUGUAAUCUUUCAGGAAGGUGGAGAGAAACAUUUGAAACUUGUGGGAAAGCUCUAUGAUCAGUGUCAUGAUACCCUGGUACAGUUUGGUGGGUUUUUGGCAUCUAACCUAAGCACAGAAGAUUAUAUAAAGCGAGUACCUUCAAUUGAUGUGCUCUGUAAUGAAUUUCAUACACCCCAUGAUGCAGCAUUUUUCCUGUCUAGGCCAAUGUAUGCACACCAUAUUUCAUCAAAAUAUGAUGAACUUAAAAAAUCAGAAAAGGGAAGUAAACAGCAACAUAAAGUUCAUAAGUAUAUCACAUCAUGUGAGAUGGUGAUGGCUCCUGUCCAUGAAGCAGUGGUCUCUUUGCACAUUUCCAAAGUCUGGGAUGACAUCAGCCCUCAAUUCUAUGCCACGUUCUGGUCAUUGACAAUGUAUGACCUUGCAGUUCCACAAACCAGCUAUGAAAGAGAAGUCAAUAAACUUAAAAUCCAGAUGAAAGCAAUUGAUGACAAUCAGGAAAUGCCUCCAAAUAAAAAGAAAAAAGAGAAGGAGCGCUGUACUGCCCUUCAGGACAAGCUUCUUGAAGAAGAAAAGAAACAGAUGGAACAUGUACAGCGAGUUCUACAAAGACUGAAACUGGAAAAGGACAACUGGCUUUUAGCAAAAUCUACCAAAAAUGAGACCAUCACAAAAUUUCUACAGCUGUGUAUAUUUCCUCGAUGUAUUUUUUCAGCAAUUGAUGCUGUUUACUGUGCUCGUUUUGUUGAAUUGGUACAUCAACAGAAAACUCCAAAUUUUUCCACACUUCUUUGCUAUGAUCGAGUUUUCUCUGACAUAAUUUACACAGUCGCAAGCUGUACUGAAAAUGAAGCUAGUCGAUAUGGGAGAUUUCUUUGCUGCAUGUUAGAGACCGUGACCAGGUGGCACAGUGAUAGAGCCACAUAUGAAAAGGAAUGUGGAAACUAUCCAGGAUUCCUUACCAUAUUACGGGCAACUGGAUUUGAUGGUGGAAAUAAAGCUGAUCAGUUAGACUAUGAAAAUUUUCGACAUGUUGUACAUAAAUGGCAUUACAAACUAACCAAGGCAUCAGUACAUUGCCUUGAAACAGGCGAAUAUACUCACAUCAGGAAUAUCUUGAUUGUGCUAACAAAAAUACUUCCUUGGUACCCAAAAGUUUUGAAUCUGGGUCAGGCUUUGGAAAGAAGAGUGCAUAAAAUCUACCAAGAAGAAAAAGAGAAGAGGCCUGAUCUAUAUGCAUUGGCUAUGGGCUACUCUGGGCAGUUGAAAAGUAGAAAGUCAUACAUGAUACCUGAAAAUGAGUUUCAUCACAAAGACCCCCCUCCGAGGAAUGCAGUUGCCAGUGUACAAAAUGGGCCUGGUGGUGGGCCUUCAUCAUCAUCGAUAGGAAGUGCAUCUAAAUCGGAUGAAAGCAGUACUGAGGAGACUGAUAAAUCAAGGGAGAGAUCUCAGUGUGGUGUGAAAGCUGUUAAUAAAGCUUCUAGUGCCACACCAAAAGGGAAUUCAAGCAAUGGAAAUAGUGGCUCUAACAGCAGCAGCAAAACUGUUAAAGAAAAUGACAAAGAAAAAGCGAAAGAGAAAGAAAAAGAGAAAAAAGAAAAGACUCCAGCUACUACUCCAGAGGCCAGGGUACUUGGUAAAGAUGGUAAAGAAAAACCAAAGGAAGAGCGGGCAAAUAAAGAUGAAAAAGCAAGAGAGACCAAGGAAAGAACACCAAAAUCUGACAAAGAGAAGGAAAAAUUCAAGAAGGAAGAAAAAGCUAAAGAUGAAAAAUUCAAGACCGCUGUCCCCAAUGUAGAAUCAAAAUCGACUCAAGAAAAGGAAAGGGAGAAGGAGCCAUCCAGAGAAAGAGAUAUAGCAAAGGAAAUGAAAUCCAAGGAAAAUGUUAAAGGAGGAGAAAAAACAGCAGUUUCUGGGUCCUUGAAGUCACCUGUUCCCCGAUCAGAUAUUGCAGAGCCUGAAAGGGAACAGAAACGCCGCAAAAUUGAUACUCACCCUUCUCCAUCACAUUCCUCAACAGUAAAGGUUACAGCCACACUUCCCAAAGUUCCUCUGGGUUCUGAGAACUAUGCCAGCUCACCUGUCAUCUCCAUUCAUUUUCUACAGGACAAUCUCAUCGAACUCAAGGAGUCUUCAGCAAAGCUCUACAUUAAUCAUACUCCUCCACCACUGUCCAAGAGUAAGGAGAGAGAAAUGGACAAGAAAGAUUUGGACAAAUCAAGGGAAAGAUCCAGAGAGAGAGAGAAAAAAGAUGAAAAGGACAGGAAAGAGCGGAAAAGGGAUCAUUCAAACAAUGACCGUGAAGUGCCACCGGACUUAACCAAGAGGCGUAAAGAGGAAAAUGGAACAAUGGGAGUUUCAAAACACAAAAGUGAAAGUCCAUGUGAGUCUCCUUACCCAAAUGAGAAAGACAAGGAAAAAAAUAAGUCAAAAUCUUCAGGCAAAGAAAAAGGCGGCGAUUCUUUUAAAUCUGAAAAGAUGGAUAAAAUCUCCUCCGGCGGCAAAAAGGAAUCCAGGCAUGAUAAAGAAAAGAUAGAAAAGAAAGAAAAACGGGACAGUUCAGGAGGAAAGGAAGAGAAGAAACAAUAUCCUUUUCGUUGUAAUUUUUUCAGUCAGUGUAAUGGAAAGCUUUGAUACUGGUCAUAUUUUAGAAUUGUACUCUUGUAGUAUGUGGUCUAAAUGCUUAAGUGCUUCUUAGCUUUUAAAUGGUCUCUCUAGUACAAUUGUACGAAAUCUGGAAGUAGGAGACUUUGAUGUUCUUGGUUUAACCUCUAUGAUGACUGAGGCUGUUUCAUGCUACCAAAGGAUUUAGAAUCCCUUAGGCUAUAUUAUCACUGAGAGGAAGAAGGACCACAGAGAGUUCUUUGGGCUGGAGGCAUGGGGAGUAGAAGGGCAAAAUAAUGCAGCAGACAAGCAGAGCUGGUAGUUUGCGGCUACCAGGCUCGUUAGAGCCAAUUACGCUUGCAAGCUGAGGGAUUCUACUAAAACACAAGAUACCAUUUUUUUUUUCCUAAAUUGUUUUCCCUUAAUUUGUCAUCUACUCAUAAGUCCUCAGACAAGCACAGAUAAUGAAGACUUUCCAUCGAGGUGAGUGUUCUCUCGCUUCCUUUUUAUUUAAAGGUAAAAACAUAAAAUGAGAUUUGAUAAUGUUAAAGAAACUAGAUACAUUUUGCAAGGUACAACUACUUGAAAUUUGCACCUAAAUAUAAUGACCAAGUCUUUGGGUACAGAUGCAAAACAAGAUUCACUUCAGUUAUUUUUAAGCUGUUUUCAUUUUAAGCUUGCCUCACUUUUGUUUUUUUUAAGUACCAAGAUGUAUUUAAGAACAUCUGACUUUCUUUUUACCACUUGUUCCCAUCUUCUCUGGAUAAUUAAUUACCUUUUUAAAGUACCUGUAGCCCUGUAAAAGGAGCCCUGGUGGCACAGUGGUUAAGCGUUCGGCUGCUAACGCGGAGGUUGGUAGUUUGAACUCACCAGCCUCUCCUUGGGAAAAAGAUGUGGCAAUCUGCUUCCGUAAACAUUUACAGCUUUGGAAACUCUAUGGGGCAGUUCUGCUCUGUCCUACAGGGUCUCUAUGAGUCACAAUUGACUAGACGGCAAUGAGUAUAGCCAUUGGUGGUAUCUGCAUUUUACAGGUGAAGAAACUGAGACUCUGAAAGAAUAAGGCGGACAGGGUCACGGAGAUAUUACACGCCAGAGUCAAGACUCGAAUCUAGGUCUUCUUACCCUUCGGUGUUCUUUGUUCUUUUUUUUGGCUUCUCAUGCAGAAAAUAUAUAUAACAGCCUUGAUUAUCUCAAGAUUUUUAAGUUUUUGUACCACUUUUUCUACCACUGCCCAUUAUUUUGCAGUGCCAAAACCUAUGGUCUGUACUUUUAGUUCUGGAAUUUAAAAUAUGUGGCUUUCUUUUCAAGAUAAUUCACUUAUACCUUACAUGACAUUUCCAGAUAAAAGAAGUUUACCUUUUUAAAUACCAAAAUGGUAUUUCAUUAGAAAGUUUUUUUUUUUAACCAUCUUAAAUAAAAUGUAUGUCUAUCUUAGUGGCCAUAGUGAUCAAAACCUUUUUUGAGCACUUAAGAUCAUCUUAUGAAUACGUAUUUUUGCUUGAUGGUGCCUUGGGUUUAUGGAGGUAUGUAGAAUGAUUUGCCUCCUACAUUUAAUGGUUCCAAGUGGCUGUGUUUGAAGUUGUUGACUCGGUUUUUUCAUAGCCUAUUUUCUCUCUUCCGUAUUAGCUGUCACUUAAUGAUAUUAAGUAUACUUGCUGUCUAUGUUGUCGUUGUUAGUUGCCGUUGAGUUGAUUCUGACUCAUGGUAACCCCAUCCCCCCAAAUAACAUUUGCUGCUUCUAGUCUUUUAUGAAACCAGAUAGGUAACCAAGGCUGUUAUAUCUGUUUAAGAAUGAGAAAUGUCUGAGAACCAGUUCUGUACAAGGGAAUGAGUUUUAGGGUAUGGAUUUUGUAAUAUUUAUUUUGACUGCAAAACUGGUACUUGAGGUUGACAAGUAGGUAACCUCCUGAUAAGUGGUGUGUUUUUUCUGCUUUAUUAUUCUGUGCUUGUUAACUAAGUAGUAGAGUAGGGUAAACUAGAAUUAUGAGAGAGCACUUUUUAAUUUAGUAGAUUUUUUUAAAUUAGGAAGAUUAUAAAAGAAAUAUUAUUG